AUGGAGCCGGCGAAGAAGGACUCGCUCCGGGGCCGCGCGGGCGCGGCCGCGGCCGACGCGGCGCGCGCGGCGGGCCGGGGCCUGGCCAAGGCGACGCAGGGCCUCCAGGCCGGCGUCGAGGGCGUCGUCCAGCGCGGCCGCGACUCCGCCGGGUCCGCGAGCCGCGCCUACCACAAGAUGCUCCGGGAAAACCUCAAGGCCGCGUCGCCGCUCACGAGCGACGUCUGGUACGUCGUCAAGCACCCGGCGGCCCGCGUCGCCGUCGCGGCGCUCGUCUGGCUGCUCAACCUCUACGUCUACUACGGCGACCCGGCGACGUACAGCAACGGCGAGUCCUACGGGACGAUGAUCGGCGACAUCUACCACGGCUGGCUCCUGUGCUGGCUCGAGCCCGACGACGCGCCGUUCCUCGCGCUGCGGCUCGCCGUCAUGGUCGCGCUGACCUUUCUCGGCGUGUUCCUCGGCCUCCGGACCCAGCGCCACCUGCGGGACCGGUGGAAGCUCGUGCUCUUCGGCUACGACGACGGCCACGACGAGGACCGCGAGCCGCUCGCGGACCAGGACGGCGCGCUCUUCCUCGUGUUCGUGAUCACGUGCCUGACCUACUUCUUCGGCCUCAAGGUCUACAACGGCGCCCUCGCGGCGGCGGGCGCGGAAAAGCACAAGGCCGGCUCCGGCAUGCACACGUGGACGUACGCGUUCUUCAACCUCGUCCUCGCGGGCCUCUUCACGUUCGUUUCGGACACGUGGAACAUGGUCACGGUCGUCGACCAGAUGGCCCAGGCCAUCCACCAGAAGCAGGGCGUGGGUUACGAGGCCUACGGCGCGGCCGAGCGGCCGGGGAAGAUCGCGCGCUUUUCCGCGUGGUUCGUGAAGCGGCGGCUGCUCCUGACGCGGGCGGCGCUGGUCGUCUUCUGGGGCAUCGGCGUGCCCAUGAUGGUCGCGGAUUACGUGCACGUCGAAAAGGUGCUCUCCGGCGACACGAAGAUCAACGAGAGCGUCGGCAAGUCGCGGUUCUGGUCCGCGGAGGCCAACGACGAAUUCGCGCGCCACUUCGUGGGCUGCUGCGUCGCCGCGCUGAACAUCCUGAUCGUCAUGCAGGACUGGGACUUCCCCGACUUUUCCGGGGGCGAGAUCAAGAUCUCCGCGCUCGACAUCGAGAGCCUCAAGUUCGAGCACUGCUGCGCGUGGGUCCGGCGCCUCGUGCCGCCGAUCUACGUCAGCGGCAAGUGGGUCAACUACAUGGGCAUCCUGAUGGGUUUGGCCUUCGAUUGGGGCUACUGGUUCAUGACGAGCCUCCCGUUCCGGCCCUGCGACUACGCGCAGUUCUGGGACAGCGACUCGGGGAGCAUCUACACGCUCACGCAGCCCAAGAAGCUCCAGGAGGAGCACGCGGGCGCCGCGGCGGCGCUGAACUGCGCCUGGUUCACGGACUCGCCCGUGCAGCAGCUCUACGACCGCCCCUACGCGACCGUCAACGCGUCGUCCUACGACGACGACGCGUGGACGCGGACGUCGCCGACGCCGCACGUCGUGCUCGUCGAGACGGGGUCCUUCACGGGCGCGUACACGAUCGACGAGGAGGACAACUACGUCUACGUCGCCCGCGGCGCCUGGCUCAUGUGGCUCAUGUGCGCGAUCCCCGUCGGCGCCUGGGUCGUCUUCUGGUGGCUCGUCUUCACGCACGAGAAGGUCCACUGCCUCAACUACCGCGACGUCGCCCACUACCUCGACAAGCACCGCGAGCGCAUCGCCAACGACGACGACAGCGACGGGCGCCAGGAGAAGCGGCGCGCCUACGUCGCGUCCAUCAGCGCGGCCGCGCGCGCGCCCUGCUGCCGCUGCCGCUGCCUGCGGCGCGACGAGCCCGUCCACGUCGCCACGGACCUCGAGCAGCCGAGCACCUGGGCGGAGCCGAGGGUUGACACGUCGCUGAUGGCGUCGCCGCCGACGGACGACUCGCUGGAUCUCGAGAUGCGCAUGCCGCGCGUGCCCCUCAACCGCCGCGGCCGCUGGGACGACGGCCUCCCGAAGCGGGAGCCCCGGGCGCGCGCGAACGUGCUGGCGCGGCUCGACAAAGUCAACGCGCCCGUGCCGCCGCUGCGCGAGCUCAUCCGGAGGCCGCGCGCGUCCCUGCCGAACUUCGACACGCGCAUCGGCAACGCCGGCCGGCGCCUGGACCAGGCCGACCGGCGCGCGCGCGAGGCGUCCGAGGAGAAGUGGUACGUCGAGCGCGCGACGGAGCGCGAGCUCAAGCGCGCGGGCGACGCGGACCCCUACGCGCCGGCCAAGGCGAAGCGGUCGCGGCCCCUGCGGCCCCUGCUGCGCGUGCCCAAGAAGAUCCGGAGCUGCCCGCCGACGCCGACGUCGUCGCGGCGGCUGCUGCCGAGCCUGCCCCCGGGCGCUUACCCGGAGCAGACGAAGAUGGCCGACAUGCUCACGGUGCGCGAGCCGACGAAGAUGGCGGAGAAGAUCGCCUUCCGCGCGUCCUUCGACCGGGAGAUGCUCGACGCCGUCCGCCGCCGGCCGCGGCGCCCCGAGGGGUAG